AUGUCCAACCUCCUGUGCAGGACACCGGUUGGCCAACGGGCACGAACCAGUGUCCUUACAAGGCCUACUCUUGUCCUCCCAUCUCUCCGAUAUUGUGCUACAGGGACCACCUUCGAGAAAGUCCCCAGCAUCUCCUCCUCUGUAGCUAAGACACAAGCUCCAGAGAAACCCUCCUCUGCACCACCUCAUUCUGUCCUGCCCACCAAGACUCUCCUGCGGUCUCUCCUCGUGACCACCAUCUCCUCCCACCAAACCCUCCUCGUUCCUUGUCUAUCCAUUCUAUCUUUCCUUACCAAGCCCCGUGGUGUCUUGCUAGAUGUGGACCGCAAUCCUCUCAUCCAUUGGUUCCUCAAGAAGACAUUCUACGACCACUUCUGUGCGGGGGAAAAGGAGAGCCAAGUCCGGGAUAAGAUCCGCCAAAUCAAAAGUACAGGACUACGUGGAGUUAUUUUGACCUACGCGCGGGAGACAGUGCAGGAUUCAAGCACGAACCAAACCCAAUUCGCUCACAGCCAGGUAUCCCAAAAGGCAACCGACACAGAGUCAUGCGAGUUCAUCGCCGCCUGGCGGGAGGGUUACCUGAAGACCGUGGACAUGCUUGGCGAAGGUGACUUCCUUGCCCCAAAGCUCACUGGGGCCGGACCCAAAGUCACAGAGGCCUUCGCCUCCGGACAACCCGUCCCCACGCAAAUGGUCGAGGCCCUGGAUGAAGUGUGCCAACGGGUAGUCGAGAAGAACGCCCGUCUCCUCAUGGACGCUGAGCAGCACUCCUUCCUCCAAGGGAUCCACAACCUCACAUUGGACAUGAUGCGCAAGCACAACCGAAACGGCAAGGCAGUAGUGUACAACACAUACCAGGCUUAUCUCAAAAGUACGCCGAGCACGAUAGCGUCGCACAUGGAGAUAGCAGACAAGGAAGGAUUUACGUUUGGAUUGAAGCUGGUGCGGGGAGCGUACAUGAGAUCGGACCCGAGACAGCUCAUCCACGAUACGAAGCAAGAUACCGAUAUCGCAUACAACUCCAUCGUGCGGGGCGUCUUGCAGCAGCGUUAUCAGGGUUUCGGAGAAUCCGGACGCAGGUUUCCCACCACGGAUUUGUUUUUGGCUACGCAUAAUAUUGAGAGUGCUGUGGCGGCGCAUGAGCUGCACCAGGCUCGCUUACAGGCGGGGCUUCCCACUGGCCGAGUGGAGUUCGGACAGCUGCUGGGGAUGGCGGAUGGCGUUAGUUUCGGGCUGUUGCAGUUGAAAGAUCAGAACAGUGUGGCUCCUGGUGUGUACAAGUGCUUGACUUGGGGUAGUAUGGGAGAGUGUCUGGGUUAUUUGGUGCGGAGAGCAGCGGAAAAUAAGGAUGCGGUUUCACGCACUAUGGCUGAGCAUCUGGCGCUUAAGGCGGAGGUGAAGAGACGAGUUAGGGCUUUCUUUGGAUAG